AUGCAUCCGGGAGCUCACCGUAACAUCGUUUACAAAUAUAAAAACUCUCAUUUAUUGGCUCUUGAAAACGGGCAGGUCAGCGGGGCAUGGUCUCUCCCUCUUUCUCUCCCAGCGCCAGCGGUGGAUGGCCGUAGUGACGAGGAGUGGCGGCGGCCGAAUACAGUGAAAAGCGACUUCGAGGCGGCGUCAUCGAAGGCUGCGCGAUGAAGUGCAGGAUCCAUCCCUAUGAGUACGGUGACGGCGUCUGCGCCUCCUGUCUCCGGGAGCGUCUUCUCACCCUCAUUUCAGCCCAAAAUGAGCUCUCCGCCACCAACUCUGCCUACCGGAGGUUCGACCUUGCUGCUUCCGGAUCGGAUCCGCCUCCUCCUCGUCGAGCCCCUUCUCCUCACAUUUUUCACCGCCGAUCCGUCGGAAUCGAGGCCUCCCCCGCCCACUCCCGCGACUUCCGUCGCUUCUUCAGCACCCCGCAGGCCGGCCCCGCCUUUAGGGCGGCAAACGGUGGCGGAUCGUUGGGAGAUCUCGAUGGCGGUUACAUCCGGAAGCAAAGAUUCUGGGCUUUGAAAUCCCUCUUUAGGCGCCGCAGAUCGGAGAAGGUGGAGCCCGAUUUGGGGCCUUGCGAGGGACCGUCCUCGAGUUUUUGGCUCUCAACGCUGAUUCGUGGCCGGCGAAACAAUAACCCUAAGAAGAAGCCACAGCUCUCUGGCGAGGAGGAGUCGACGCGGCCGUCGCGGCGACCGCGGAGGUCUGGCCGCUGUUCGGACAGGGGAAUGUCGCCGGCGAUGGACGACGAGGAUAACUUCGAUUUAGAAUCCUCAACUGACUCCUCGUGGAGGAGAGCGACCCCCUCACCGAUGCGAAGGUUCUCGGCGAACCCUCGUCCGCCUCGUAGCGUCAGCGCGGUCUCGGGGCUCUCCGUAUGCCUCAGCCCACUUGUGAGUUUCGGGCAAGAGGCGAGACGAAGUCAUCCGACGGAUUUGGGGAUGUCCGGUGAGCUUCGCAGCCCGGUAAGUUCCAUCCACCGCCGGACUCCGGCCGCCGGGCUCUCCACUCUCGCGCCCAACCGGUCGAGGAAGCUCUCUGACAUUGGGCGGCGGCCGGCUAUACGAGGUUGAAACAGGGAGGAGAGAUGUCGCUUGCUGCGGAGGUGAAUCUGCCAGGGCCGUCGAUCUCUGUUUCGCAAUCGAUUGCAGUGUUUGGAAGCACAGGAUUGGACGUGUUUGGGGUUGGAUUGACGAUUUGU